AUGAAGAGCAAGCGCGCAAGAGAGGCCACCGAGGUCGACGAAAAGCCUGUUGUCUCUGUUGAUGCCGAGGCACCUGCGAAGAAGCGCAAGCGUGAGGACGACGGCGCCGACGUCAAGAAAGCCAAGAAGGAGAAGCGAGAUAAGAAGUUCAAGAAGGAGUCGCGCAAGGAGCGCAAAGACAAGCGCAAAGAUCUUCAAGACCUCCCCGAACAAGACGACGAUGUUGAAGAAGCCGAAGACACCGCCAUGGCUGGCGCCGAAGACAAGCCUACGGAUGCCGCUGUAGAUACUGAAAAGUCUGCCAAGAAGGAUAAGAAGAAGAAGGACAAGAAGGACAAGACCGAAGAACCACAGCAGAAGGACGUCAGUGCUGAUACUGAAACCAACGACGAACCCAAGAAGAGCAAGAAGGACAAGAAGAAGAAGAAGACUAAGACAACAGACACGGCCGCCAUCAACGAUGAGUCUGCUGGCGCAGAGGCGGAUGCAGCCGAUGCUGAUGCCAACACCAACGGCAAAGCGGACCGACAUAUUGUCUUUGUUGGCAACUUGCCCUUCACCGCCACCGCCGAAACCAUCAGAGCCCAUUUUGCCUCUUUGAAUCCGGUGGGAGUCCGCUGCAUGAGUAAUCCCAAGGACGAUAAGCCCUGCCGUGGCAUUGCAUUUGUCGAGUUCGCCAAGGUCUGGCAUAUGCGAACAUGUCUUGAUAAGUUCCACCACUCCGAGUUCUCGGAUGGCACCUCUUACCCUCGUCGCAUCAAUGUCGAGUUAACCGCCGGCGGAGGUGGAAAGACAAAGAAACGCCAGGACAAGAUCAAGGAGAAGAACCUCAAACUCAAUGAGAACCGCGCCAAACGCAUCGAGCGCGAGAGAGUGGAAAAGGAAGAGAACGCCAGGGCCAAUGCUGAUACCCGUUCAGCAGGCAACGAUGGCAUUCACCCCAGCCGACGUGCCCAUAUUCCUGGUAAUCACCGAUAA